UCCAGCACAGCUGGGCCAGCCACUUGCACAUGCAGGAAUCUGAGAGGCUUCUCUAGCCUUGAAAAUGAUCCUUCUUAAAAAGAUUUUCCUCCUUCCUCAAGGGAUAGAAAACCUAUUGCUGAUGCACCCUGGCCAUCUCCCGGCAAUCUGCUUACUUGCAGUGAAGGGUUCAGGUGCAAGCAGAUGCUGACUCAGCCCGUUCUAUUAAGAGCUAAGAAGCAAGAAGAAAUUGGGGCGCCAUGGGGAAAGCACGCAGGCCCUCACCAGGGCAGCACAGGCAUUGCGAGGGGUGCUUCAACCGUCACUGCUACGUUCCUGUGGAACCCAACAUCUCCUGCCUGGUAAUAAGCUGCCACUUGCUCUGUGGUGCCACCUUCCACAUGUGCAAAGAGGCAGAGCACCAGCUCCUCUGUCCAUUAGAGCAGGUUCCCUGCCUCAACUCCAAAUAUGGCUGUCCCCUGUCCAUGUCCCGCCACAAGCUGGCCAAGCACCUGCAGGUGUGCCCCGCCAGUGUGGUCUGCUGCUCUAUGGAGUGGAACCGCUGGCCAAACGUGGACUCUGAAACCACCCUUCAUGAGAACAUUAUGAAAGAAAACCCCAAUGAGGAGUGUUUGGACACAGCCCUGGCCCUGCAGGACCAGAAGGUCCUCUUCAGAUCCUUGAAAAUGGUGGAACUUUUCCCAGAAACUAGAGAGGCCACUGAGGAGGAGCCAACUAUGAAUGGUGAAACCAGUGUGGAGGACAUGGGAGGAGCAGUGGGUGGAUUGGAUGUCAGUUUGGUACCACAUGAUUUGUCAGCAACAAAUGAGGAGAUGGCAGAGCUAAGUCAAGAAGAACGGGAGAUGCUAGCCAAAACCAAAGAAGGGAUGGACCUGGACAAGUUUGGCCAGUGGGAAAAUAUUUUCAGUAAGGAGCAUGCAGCCUCUGCUUUAACAAAUUCAUCAGUGAGCUGUGAGAACAAGAACAAGAACGGCCCAGAGAAAGAACAGAUUUCCAGUGGCAAUAGCAUGGUAGAAGAAGAGGGCGUUCCCAAAAAGAAAGAACCACAGGAGAAUCAGAAGCAGCAGGACAUUCAUAAAACCGUGGAAACCAUGGGGCUUGCCCCUUGGCAGGAUGGUGUUCUGGAAAGACUGAAAACAGCUGUGGAUGCAAAGGACUAUAACAUGUAUCUAGUGCACAACGGGCGGAUGCUGAUUCACUUCGGUCAGAUGCCUGCUUGUACACCUAAGGAGAGAGACUUUGUUUAUGGCAAGCUUGAGGCUCAGGAAGUUAAGACUGUGUACACCUUCAAAGUUCCUGUGAGCUACUGUGGAAAGCGAGCUCGACUUGGAGAUGCCAUGUUGAGUUGUAAGCCCAGUGAACACAAGGCAGUGGAUACUUCAGAUCUGGGGAUCACUGUGGAGGAUCUGCCCAAAUCAGAUCUCAUCAAGACCACCCUCCAGUGUGCUUUGGAAAGAGAACUCAAAGGCCACGUCAUCUCUGAAUCCAGAAGCAUUGACGGACUAUUCAUGGAUUUUGCCACACAAACAUACAACUUUGAGCCAGAACAGUUUUCCUCUGGGACAGUGCUGGCUGACCUAGCCCCUGCCACCCCAGGGGGACUCCACGUGGAGCUCCACAGUGAGUGUGUGACCAGGAGGCACAACAAAAGCAGCUCUGCCUUCACUUUCACUUGCAACAAAUUCUUCAGGAGGGAUGAGUUCCCCCUGCACUUCAAGAAUGUCCACACAGACAUUCAGUCGUGUCUCAAUGGCUGGUUCCAGCAUCGAUGCCCUCUUGCCUACUUGGGGUGUACAUUUGUUCAAAACCAUUUCCGUCCCCCAGGGCAAAAGGCAAAAGUAAUCUAUAGUCAGGAGCUCAAGACCUUUGCCAUUAAGCCAGAGGUUGCUCCAGAGCUGAGUGAGGGAAGGAAGAACAACCAUCUUUUGGGCCAUGGAGGAAAAAGUCAGAAUUCUCUAACCAGCCUGCCCCUGGAGAUUUUGCAGUACAUUGCUGGGUUCUUGGACAGCGUCAGCCUGGCCCAGCUCUCCCAGGUGUCUGUGCUGAUGAGGAAUAUCUGUGCCACUUUGUUACAAGAGAGAGGGAUGGUCCUCUUGCAAUGGAAGAAGAAGAGGUGUUCCCAUGGAGGCUUCUCCUGGAGAGUCCACAGAGAAAUCUGGCAGUUCAGCAGCCUUUUCUCCAAAAUCAAGAGCUGGGAGUUUAAUGAAGUCACCUCCAUGUCUGAGCACCUGAAGUCUUGUCCUUUCAACAUUGUAGAGCACAAAACUGACCCAAUUCUUUUGACCAGCAUGUGUGAGCCACGUGAGCAGGCCCGAGAGAGCUUAGUCUCCACCUUCAGAAUCAGACCACGAGGAAGAUACGUCUCCUAAAAAUUCAGAUGUCACCCAAUGCACCAUUCUUGGAUUUCUUCUCAGAGGUCCUGAAGUAGGACAGAGUGUGGUUUUGAGAACUCCCUUCUGUAAACUGUCUAUUUGCUUAUCAGGGUGUAUUGGAACAUGCAGUGUCCUUCAAAACCUCAACACGAGGCCUAAGAAUUCCCUAAGACAUGGCCUAUACCAUAGUGCCAUACUGAUGAUUUGUUUCCUUUUUUUUUUUUUCUUUCUUUCUAAAAUAGAUUGGUCUGAGAAGAAAGUAAGUAAUUUGAGGCCAUUUGGAAGAUGGACCCAAUUUCUUAAGAGAUGAGAGAGCCACAAAAUUCCAUAACCAGUACAGGCCUGUGCUUUUACAUGAACUUUUUUGCUUACAAAGCACUUUCAAAUUUGUGGGACAGUAAAUGCAGGAUGGGACUAAGGUGCAGAGAGUUACUCCCCAGAGAACACAGAGUGAAGGUAGCACAGCUUGAAGGCUCUGGAGCUGUGUCUAUUUUGACAGUCAAGUCUGGGGCUCGUUUUAGUCAUCCUACUGCCUCUAAGCCAGAGAGGCACAGCCUGACAUAACAGAGCCCCUGGCUGAGCAUGGCAGCCUCAAAGACACCGCAGGCCAAAACAUGAGAGGCAGAAAUGAGGUCACAGAAUCUGUUGUUAGAAUCUUGGCAACAUACAGCAGGAAAGCCUUGAGAAAUGGGGCGUCCAAAGGAGACACCACAUUUAUGGAGAACCUUAGGACAAAAAGCCACAAGCCUACUUUGUAACAUCUUAAUGAUGACUUAGGAGUCAAUAUUUUUUUUCUUCUGAAAAUUAUGUUCUACGUCUGAGUUAGGCAGAACAUAGGCAUGGCCCCUGGGCACCCUGUGCUAUCUGAAAUGACCUCAAUACACUAACGCCAACCUCGGUGUCAUGCCAGAAUGCACAGGGUAGCCCAGGGAGACCAUGCCUUUGGCAAAGUGCAGCCAAGGCCCACUGUAGUUCCUAUGGCACCAGUCACCAGCUCCUAGACCCCACUUGGGUAGCUACUGGGGUCUUGGAGACAAAGACAUGUGAAUAUAGUGGCUCCCUGAAAUUACUACUACCCGUCCAUAUUGCUGGCCAUGCAUUCAGUCUGACAAAAAUGGAUGAUACUGCUGUUUUUGGUAUCAAACAGUGAAUAUUCAUAAGAACA